GUCUUCUCAUUUAAUCCUCAGGACCACUAACCCAGAGGUGAAUGGACCUCCACCGCCCCUUCAAGAUGGACAGCCCCUCCUACCUGCCAGCUCCUCUGGCCUCCCCGGCCCUGAUGGUGCUAGCCUCCACAGCUGAGGCUGGCCGAGACGCUUCUGUCCCCUGCCAGGCGCCCAGACCCUUCGGCGUCCCGGUCUCUGUGGAAAAGGACCUGCACCUCCCGUUCCCUUCAGCCUCCUACACCUUCACCUCCAUGUACCAGCGCCAGGCCCCCAUGUCGGGCACGUUCCCGUCCCGAGACUUUCCGGCCUCCCUGCUCCACCUGCACCCUCAGUUCACCCCGCCGAAUCUGGACUGCCCGACUCUGGGCAUGCUCAACCACAGCGGCGUGGGCGCCUUCCGGCCUUUCACGUCCCCGCAAGACGAGAGGGAAUCCGGGGCUUACCAGUCAGCCUUCAGUCCCGCCAAGAGGCUGAAGAGCUGCUUCCCGGACGUGGAGGGGAAGGAGUUCGACUUUGGCUCCUUGAAGGCCGGGGAGGAGACGGGCAGGAAGUUGUUCUCCAUGUCCGGCCUGCUGUCUGAUGGGGAGGCUACGUCAAGCCCGGAGGAGCGCAAAGAGCACAACAAACUGAAGGGUCUCUACGACUCCCAGACCCCGGUGUGUCCAGUCUGCCAGGCCGUCUUGCGACCCGGAGAGCUGCAGGAUCACAUGGAGCAGGAAUUAGCCAAACUCGCUCAGUUGCAGAUCAGUAUCACUCCCGCACAACAUGACCACAUCAUCAGGACACCAAAGUCCCUCUCUCUCUCUCUGCAUAUCAAACGUGAAGGAGGCUCGCCCACAUCACCUCCUCAGCCAUGUGAGGAGCACCACUCAGAUCGAUACCAGACCUUCUUGCGAGUGCGGGCCAACAGACACACRAGACUAAAUGUCGAUGACCUCUGCUGGUGCAGGUGCUACGUCAAAUCUGCCCAAUUGCGCCCACACARCGCAGGAGCCCACCUAGACUGCACACAAACUGUCAGGAUUGGAAAGUUGAAAAAGAGAAAACCGGAGGAUUUGCAGGAGGGUUCGGCCGACUUGGUGCCGCUGGAGGACGAGUGGAAUGAGAGGAGAAGGAUACAGAUGACAUCCGUAGGGUUUAAAGGUGCAGCGUUGGUGAGUAUGACGUCUAAAGAGUGUCGGGACAGCGAUGCAGACCUGGACGUGGACGGAGACGACACUCUGGAGUACGGCAGAGCGCAGCUUUCAGAGGAUUCCACGCUGACAACGCUGGACGCCCUUAAAGCUCGGAUACGAGAUUUGGAGAAACAGCUGUCUAAAGGAGACAGAUUUAAAUGCCUCAUCUGCAUG